AUGAGCGAAAGUCCCGCAGAAGAAAGGCGGCAGGAGUCGACGAGAAGGAGACGUAUAUCGCCGGAUCCUCCCACGUGCGCCCCACUUAUUGAAGAAGGAGGUGAAGAAGGGUCAAUCAUUUCCCUUCCAGCUCAAACACUUCCAGCUCAAACAUCAUUCCAGAAAGAGACAGCCGACUCACCACUACUGGGUGAAAUGUCCGGUCAGAGAUCUGCCUCUCGUUCUCCCUCGCCUGAGCAUCCCGAUGAGGGGGUAGAGUCGAAUCGGAGUGCUUUUUCCGCUCGCCCUCCCUCUCCCGAACAACUUGAAGUCUCGAUGUCAGCGGAGGAAAAAGGCCAAGGGGACGCAGAGUCCCUACUUCUCAAUCUCCCAGUCGAAAUCAUAGUUGCGAUCGUGGAACAUUGCCAAAGUCCGUUGGACUAUUUCAGAUUCGCAGCGACAUGCAGGACCCUCAGAUUGAUCGUCGGAAGCAGUAUCCGCCUCCUCCACCGGGAGAAAAGGUACGAGGUCUACAAUGGUAUCGUUUCGAGUCUGCGGCAUCGUUUUGGUGCUGUUUUCCCUCAUUGCUGCUACUCGGUGAUGCGGUAUCGGAAAUUGGGGAAGAGAAUAUGGGAAGAAAUCGAACAAGACUCUGACCUUCUUCCCCUCUGGAGGCUCGAAAGGUUCAACAGAGACCAGUUUCUCGAGACCCCGAUACCAGAGGGCAACUGGGGCAAAAGACUGUCAGCGCCAGAUUUCUAUCUUAUGUCAAGAAUCCUAGACCAAGCAGAGAUCGUCGUCAAAGAACUGUCUACCAAGGCCUUUAACAUGUCAGGGGCCUAA